AUGAUGCUAUGGCGGGAGUACAAGCGUGCCGACGAGGGGUCGGGAAACGGUUCCGUGGAGAAACCACCUUGGUUUCCGUACCUGGAGCUGCACAACCAGGACACCGCCGCAGCCGCACCGCAUGCCGUGGACGGAGGUGGCGCGAAUAACGUCAAUCGUCCCAGCCAGGCACCUCCUCCACCAACGACUCCUGCCACACCCAGGCGUGCCCGGGUGCAUGAGACGGCCACCAUGCAAGCGGCGAUGCUCGUCUCCGCCACCAUCAAGGACUGCCAUGGCGACGCGAUGACUCGCAUCGAAGGCCUCGUCCGUGAAUGGAUGGCGCAAGAUCUCCGACUUGCCCGUGAGCGUAUGACAGAGUCGGCUCCCCCGGAUGUGCACCGCACGCCCCAGGAUUUCUCUCCACCGCCGCCACGCGGGGAGUCCGCGCCUGCUCCUGAAACCGCACGGACGCGUGAGGACGUGGGCGACGGCAACACCGUCACUCCGGCGGCUGAGGAUGUGGAGAUAUGGGUUCGCGGUGCCGACGAUUAG